UACACAAACUAGAAAAAAAAAUGAAGAUUAGUGGUUUAAUUGUGGUGUUUUCUUUAUCGCUUUCCCUGUUUAUUGUAGGCUCGUCAGGUCAUGGUGGUCCGAAAAACUUAACUGAUGAUGAUUUUACCAAGUGUUCAGCGACUAAGCCAUGCCCUGGUGAAGUAUGUUGCAGCGAAUAUGGUUACUGUGGUUGUGCUGAAUCUUACUGUGGCGAGGGCUGCCAAAGUAAUUGUGUUUACGCUUGUGGAGGUGAGGAGCCAUGUUCUGUGACUAACCCAUGCCCUGAUGGCAUGUGUUGCAACAAAUGGGGUAACUGUCAUUGGAUCUGUGGGUCUGACUGCGCAAGCCAAUGUGGUGAGCAAUCUGGACACGGGGUUCUCGACAUGGGGGUGUAGUCGUAAACACAAACUAUUUUUUAUUUUUAUUUUAUAAUAAAAAAACAAAAGCACUUGUGGAGAAAAUUAAAUUCACGACCUAACAGUUUGCUGCUUAGCGCUUAUACCAAUUGAGUCAUAGCUCACUGGUGCUAUUUUCUAUAUUUGAAUAGAGUCUUGAUGAGUUAUUUGUUUGGCUUAAUCUGUAACCUAAAAUUAUUAAUAUAUUAUUUAGAGAUCUGUGUGCUAA